AUGCAAAAUGACAAGAUUGUUGUGGAAGUCGAUGAGUACUUCCUUACUAAAGCAAGCACAGAGCUCGCAGCAGCCGGCUGGCCCCUGCUCCACUGUAACCAUUGCGACUGGAAGGCGGUGAUCAAAAAUGCAGAUAUGUUGGAAGAGAUGCAACAGGACUCGGUGGAGUGCGCUACUCAGGCGUUGGAGAAGUAUAACAUAGAGAAGGAUAUUGCGGCCUAUAUCAAGAAGGGGUUUGACAAGAAGUACAACCCCACUUGGCACUGCACUGUGGGCCGGAACUUCGGUAGUUAUGUGACACACGAAACCAAACACUUCAUCUACUUCUACCUGGGUCAGGUGGCCAUUCUUCUGUUCAAAUCUGGUUAAAAGCAUGGUCUGUGCCAAACACCCAGUGAUCCAUCCAAAAACAAGGACUGCAUCCUAAAUUCCAAAUACCAGAGACUGAAUCUUCAGCCUUGCUAAGGGAACACCUCGUUUGAAUCUGUUGUGUUUUGUACAGGGCAUCAUUCUCUGUACAAGUUUGUGGUUAUAAAAUUAGUAAAACAGCU